AUGGUUGCGGCAAAUAAUAUUCUUUAUAAACCUGGUGAACAUCCUGAUCAUGUUGUAGUUAUUAAACAUGUACCUGCUGUAGGAGAUUCCAAGCGUGCCUUGGAUGAAUAUGUUUCGGAAAUAUUCAUGGGUGGUAAGAAUACUAUUUCGUUAUAUAAUAUAUGUGAAGAUUCUCUUUUGGCCUCUCCUCUUAUUUUGGAUCUAGCAAUUGUUACUGAAUUAAUGACUCGUAUUGAAUAUCGUGUCGAAGAAAUGACUGAAUUUGUGCCAUUUGACGCUGUUUUAUCUAUUUUAAGUUUCAUGUUAAAAGCUCCAUUAGUUCCACCUGGUACACCUGUUGUCAAUGCUUUAAGUAAACAACGUAUGGCCAUGGAAAAUUUCUUCCGUGCUUGUGUUGGAUUGGCCCCUCAAAACGAAAUGCUUUUGGAGUAUAAAGCUCCAGUUCACAAAAAA